AUAAUGUGUUUCCCGCGAGCAGCCGGCGGUGUUGUUGUUAGCUUAGCUGUGGGUAAAGUUGUAUUUGUGGUAGCAGCAGGAAGCUAAGCUAGCCGAGCUAGCUGCGGUGUGAGCCUCGGAACGGGCCAUUCUCCGCGGACAGAACUCCAUUAACAAAACCUGCAGUGUCCACCAAGAUUUAACAGUUGGUACUAAGAGAGGAUCUGACGAGCUUUUCUCCAGCGUCUCCAACGGCCCGUUUAUCAUGAGCACCACAGCCAAUGGGAACGACAGUAAGAAAUUCAAAGGGGACAUAAGAGGUCCCGGCGUGCCGUCCAGGGUCAUCCAUAUCCGCAAGCUUCCCCUCGACAUCUCGGAGGCCGAGGUCAUCAGCCUGGGGCUGCCCUUCGGAGACGUCACCAACCUGCUGAUGCUCAAAGCCAAGAACCAGGCCUUCUUAGAGAUGAACUCAGAGGAAGCGGCUCAGAACAUGGUGGGUUAUUACUCCACAGUGAUGCCCGUCAUCAGGCACCAACCGGUCUAUGUCCAGUUCUCCAACCACAAGGAGCUGAAGACCGACAACUCCCCCAAUCAGGAGAGGGCCCAGGCGGCUCUUCGGGCCCUCAAUACGUCACAUGUGGAUGCGGCUGUGCCGGCCCCGAGUUCGGUUCUGAGGGUGGUGGUGGAGAACCUGGUCUACCCCGUCUCCCUGGACGCCCUCUGCCAGAUCUUCGGCAAGUUCGGCACGGUGCUGAGGAUCAUCGUCUUCACCAAGAACAGCCAGUUCCAGGCUCUGCUGCAGUAUCCAGACGGGGCGUCCGCCCAGGCCGCCAAACUGUCUUUGGACGGGCAGAACAUCUAUAACGGCUGCUGCACUCUGAGGAUCAGCUUCUCUAAACUCAGCAGCCUCAACGUCAAAUACAACAACGAGAAGAGCCGCGACUUCACCAGACCUGACCUUCCCUCUGGAGACAGCCAGCCCACCAUGGAGCACCAGGCCAUGGCUGCAGCCUUCACUCCAGGUAUCAUCUCAGCCUCUCCGUACGCCGGAGCCACCCACGCCUUCCCACCGACCUUCACCCUCCAACCUGCAAUGUCCUUCCCCUAUCCAGGCCUGACGGUCCCCACUCUGCCCGGAGGCCUGGCCUCUCUGUCCCUCCCCGGGGCCACCAGGCUGGGAUUCCCCCACCUCCCCGCUGGAGUCUGUGUCCUACUGAUCAGCAACCUGAACCCCGAGAGAGUUACGCCCCACUGCCUCUUUAUUCUCUUCGGUGUUUACGGCGACGUGAUGAGAGUGAAGAUCCUGUUCAACAAGAAGGAGAACGCUCUGGUUCAGAUGUCUGACAGCACACAGGCUCAGCUAGCCAUGAGUCACCUGAGCGGCCAGCAGCUGCACGGGAAGUCUCUGCGCAUCACGCUGUCCAAACACACCAGCGUCCAGCUUCCCCGUGAAGGCCACGAGGACCAGGGCCUGACCAAAGACUACAGCAACUCCCCCCUGCACCGCUUCAAGAAGCCCGGCUCCAAAAACUACUCCAACAUCUUCCCUCCUUCUGCCACCUUACACCUCUCCAACAUCCCCCCGUCUGUGGUGGAGGACGACCUGAAGAUGCUGUUCUCCAGCUCAGGAGCCACGGUCAAGGCCUUCAAGUUCUUCCAGGCCGUUAUAGAGUUGGAAAAGCUGGAGCAGAUAAUAAAGAAAGAUCAGUUUGCCGGGGAGGAACUACAAAAAGUAAUUUGGUUCUGAUGCUGCUCAGAAUCA